AUGAACCAGAGUUUUGGGAAUUCAGGAAAUUCUGAUAUCCCGUCCAUGAUCGAUUAUAUACUGAAGGAGACGGGUCAGCCCAAGUUAUCCUAUAUUGGACAUUCAUUGGGAUGUGGGGUGUUUUUCAUCGCUAUGGUCAAGCAUCCAGAGCUUAAUGAAAAAAUAGAAAUUAUGGUAGCCCUUGCACCACUGUCGUCAUUCGCUCAUUUUACUACCGAAUUUUUGCGCGUUUUGACUCCAUUUACUAACCACAUUGAGGUUGCGCUCAACGCUGUUGGUGUUCAUGGAUGGCUUGACAGUGAAGGUUUCGGUGAUCGCUUUUUGGAAGUGAUAUGCGAACAGACUUACAUUCAAGCGCGGUAUUGUAAAAAUUGGUUCCGUGCGGUUGUAGGCCCCAGUGAAAAUUUAGACCCAACUCUGAUCCCACUGUUUGAUGCAAAUUUUUUACGCGGAACAUCUGUGAAAGUUAUUGCUCAAUUUGCGCAAAACUACAACGCGGGUAAUGUAUUUCAGGCUUACGACUUUGGACGAAAGGGUAAUCUGCUACGCUACGGAUCAAUUAAACCGUUUGAAUAUCACCUUGGAAAUAUUACAGCUCCGAUUUACGUCUUCUCUGGGGGAAGGGAUCGAUUAGUUACUCCAAUGGACGUGGAUUGGCUACUAUCCAAACUAACGAAUAUGAUAGGCUCUGAGCGUAUUAGUGAUUACAGCCAUUUGGACUUCAUAUGGGGAAAUGAUGUAAAAGAAAAAUUGUACGACAAAGUCAUCGCUCUUUUAUCCUCGCCCUCGCCGUUGUUUGCGUCCAUCUGA